AUGUGGAAAUCGUUCAAAGAGAAACAUGCUAGCAAAUUCGGGUCGGGCCAUGCUACGCCGCCUGCUCCGUCCCCGAGCGACCGCGGAGCAGAUCUGACAACCAUCCUCGACCGCCCGCAGCGCGCUGACUUGACUGUUCUGGUCGCUGAGGCAAUUGAGCAGAUGCGAAAUGGCAUUGUCGCUAAUUUCCAUGUCGCUCCUCCGGCCAUCCAGGAGACUACACAUGACUUCUCUAAACAUGAGGAGGACGAGGAAGAUACGGACUCCUUGUUUGAUCCUCUUGAACAUCACGAGGACGAAAGCUCAAACGACCGUGCUCCAUCGGAAGUAAAGACUUCGACCAAGGAUCUUCAACUCGAGGCCAAAGCUCUCGCGGGCUUUGAUGACUGGAGAGAUACCGUCCUGCUCCGGAUCGGGGAAGUAAAACUUCGUGAGGUUUAUCCUCCGGUCGAAACGCCUCUCGUGCACCUGCCCAGAGCGAAGAAGCUGUUGAUCCUACACUCGUUAUUACUGUUGAUGCUGAGUCUAGAGCACUACAAUGCUCGCUCACGGGUACUAAUGCUGUACGUAUCGUCUUCCUUAGACCUUGACGUCAAGAUCCUCAAUAGAGACGAAGUCAAGGUUGCACGGGGACUGCUCGACACGGCUCUUCAGCUUUCCCAAGCCGAGGCCAAAGAACCUGGGAAGCACCGCGAUUCGUCUAGAAAGUGGAAGGUUGGAAUAGCAUCUGUCGCAGGAGCCGCGUUGAUCGGCAUCACGGGCGGGCUCGCCGCGCCUCUUGUUGCGGCUGGUCUUGGCACAGUUUUGGGUGGGCUUGGCCUUGGCGCCACAGCCGCUGCUGGCUACUUGGGCGCCUUGGCUGGUAGUGGUGUCAUCGUCGGAGGGCUCUUUGGUGCUUACGGAGGCCGCAUGACGGGUCGCAUGGUCGACAAGUAUGCGCGGGAAGUGGACGACUUCGCCUUCCUGCCUAUUCGUGGUACCCAUCGAAGGUCGGAGGACGAGAGGGAGGCAGCUGAGAAUGAUCAUAUGCUGCGAGUCACAAUCGGCAUCUCAGGUUGGGUGACGGAAGAAGACAACUAUGUUGUCCCGUGGAAAGUGAUUGGCAGUGACUCAGAAGUAUUCGGUCUACGUUGGGAAAGAAAGCCGUUGAUGAAGCUCGGCAACGCCAUGAACUAUCUUGUCACGAGUGCUGCCUGGGCUGCUGGAAGUCAAGUCCUGUCCCGUACUAUCUUUGCUCAGAUUAUGAGCGCAGUCAUGCUACCCCUGGGGCUACUCAAGGUUGCCCGCGUUGCGGACAACCCAUUCAGCGUGGCCAAGGCUCGUGCGGACAAGGCCGGUGAGGCACUUGCGGAUGCCCUGAUCAGCAAAGUACAGGGCGAAAGAUCUGUCACGCUGAUCGGCUACUCGAUGGGCUCCCGGGUUAUCUUUUCUUGUCUACAAACCCUCGCCAAGCGGCAGGCAUUCGGCUUAGUGGAAUCAGCGGUUCUCAUGGGUUCACCUACUCCGUCUAACGCACCUCACUGGCGCCGUUUACGCAGUGUUGUCAGUGGUCGAUUGGUCAAUGUGUACUCUGAAAACGACGCCGUUCUCGCGCUACUGUACCGAACCAGCAGCCUUCAGCUUGGUGUUGCCGGUCUACAGCCUGUGCAGAGUGUGUCCGGGGUGGAAAAUGUGGACGCCAGCGACUUUAUCAGCGGCCAUCUGCGGUACCAAUUCCUGGUUGGACGCAUUCUAGGCGUGGUGGGUCUAGAGAGUAUCGAUGCUGACGAAGUGGCUCGGGAGGAGGCAGCAUUGGAGGUCAAGGAUAGAAAGCAGGAGCAAGAGCGCCUGCAUAAUGAGCGUGCCGCUGGAUUAGAUGGGGAUGAAAUUUCCCGUACCCGCGUCCAAGGCCUAAGGCCAAGGCGAAAGCCGCGGCUCCUAAAGGAGCCAUCCAUACUCCAGAGCAUCUGCGUCGGCAAGCUGAGUGUGGCAAACAGCGCUUUCGGGACUUACAACCUCACACAUGAUCAAGAGAAACUAGACUUCCUUGAAACGUGGUAG